AUGAGGUCGAUACUUGGAUUCCUCCUGAUCGUGCAGGGGUUUAUCUCUCCUGCCGAGGCUGUAUUUCCCUUCCCGGUGAACGGCCCUGCGAAUCCGCCGUUCACUUGCGAUGCCAAUGGAUAUAUUAUCGAGAUCGAUGACUUGUACAGCAUCAGUCUUACAAAUGCUGCAUACAGCCUCGUCAAAGCCGCUGUAUGGCCGAACCCUAUCAACGCCAUGGGAUACAACAUCCUGGACAAUUACAUGUAUGGAAUCGACCAAACCACCAAUGCGGUUUUGCAGAUAUCUGGAAACGGGAACACGAAAUCCUUAGGACUCCUCCCUACCGCCGCCAACGGUAUCUUCUUCAACAUCGGAGAUUUUGCCCUCGGUGGUCAGUUCUACAUUUCUGAUGCUUACAACGUAUGGUACCAGGUGGAUCUUGCGCCUGGAUCUGCGACAUACGGGAAUGUUAUAUCGUCUGGCGCGCUUGACAACCUUGGAUAUUAUGUCGCCGAUUGGGGAUUCUUUCCCAAUGCGGGAAACAAUUUCUAUACCAUUGGCAGAACCAUCAAUGCGCCCGUCGUCUCAGUUAUGUUGCGCUGGAGUCCUAUUACGCACACAUUUACGGUGUUGCAAACGUUCGGUUCCAUCGUUGGGUCUAACACUUGGACAUCCGUUUUCCCAUCUCCCGAUGGAAAUCUGUUUGCGUUGGAGAAUACUUCUGGACAGCUUUGGAAGUUCUUACUGUCAGGGGGAACACCCGUGUUGGUUGGGAACGGCCCAGUCCCGAGUGGCCGAAGCGAUGGAGCACGUUGUGUCCUAGCUCCAACGUUUCUCGUGACCAGAACCACCAUCAUUUCAGCGACUGCGCCGGCUUUCACGUCGACCAUCUCACAAUCCGGUACUAAUCCAGCCCAGGUAAUCAUCGGAGCGCCUGCAAGCACAACCACAAUCACGACCUUGAUCCCUAGCAACAGCGUCCCCUUCACGUCAACCGUCACGCAGACUGGCACCGCUCCAGGCCAGGUGAUCAUCGGGAGUCCAUCGACUACGACUACGUUUACAACAUUGGUGUCUGGUCCUGCCUUCACCUCGACCUUUUCACAAACUGGUACUGGCCCAGGGUCUAUUGUUGUCGGAGCACCUUUGAGUACGAAUACCGUCACAACUUUGGUGUCUGGUCCUGGCUUCACCUCAACUGUUCCACAGACUGGCACUGCCCCAGGAACGAUUGUUGUCGGAGCCCCCUUAAGUACGAAUACCGUUACAACCCUAGUAUCUGGUCCUGGCUUCACCUCAACUGUUCCGCAGACUGGCACCGCCCCAGGGACGAUAGUCGUCGGAGCGCCUCUUAGCACGAAUACCGUUACAACAUUGGUGUCCGGUUCUGCCUUCACGGCGACUAUCUCACAGUCUGGUACCAUCCCCGGUACCGUUAUUGUCGGGAAUACGUUUACAACCACUACGAGAACGACACUAGUCUCAGGUUCAGGCUUUUCUUCCACUAUCUCGCAGUCAGGUACCGUCCCAGGUACUAUUAUCGUCGGAGCCCCUCUAAGCACGAAUACCGUCACGACAUUAGUGUCAGGUCCUGGCUUCACUUCGACUAUUCCACAGACUGGCACUGCCCCAGGGACUGUGAUUGUCGGGAACAUGUUUACGACUACUACGAGGACAACUCUCGUCUCAGGUCCUGGCUUCACUUCGACUAUCUCGCAGUCAGGUACUGUCCCAGGAACUGUUAUUUUCGGGGAUACAUUUAGUACGAACACCAUUACCACCCUAGUGUCUGGCCCUGCUUUUACUUCGACUAUCUCUCAGUCUGGGACCAUCCCUGGUACCGUUAUUUUUGGGGACACGUUCUCUACUACCACGAGGACGACGUUAGUUGUAGGUCCUGGUUUUACUUCGACUAUUCCACAGACUGGUACCAUCCCUGGUACUGUCAUUAUCGGAAACCAACUAAGUACAAAUACGAUAACCACCUUGGUUUCUGGUUCUGCUUUCACUUCGACUGUUCCACAAUCUGGUACGAUACCGGGGACCGUUAUUAUUGGGGGUCCAUUCAGCACAAAUACGAUAACCACCUUGGUUUCUGGUCCUGGGUUUACCUCGACUAUUCCGCAAAGUGGUACUACACCGGGGACUGUUAUUAUCGCAGAUCCACUAAGUACCAAUACGAUAACUACUUUGGUCUCUGGUCCUGCUUUCACUUCGACUGUCCCACAAUCUGGCACCAUACCGGGAACCAUUAUUUUCGGGAAUCCAUUUAGCACAAAUACGAUAGUCACCUUAGCCCCUGGCACAGGGUUUACCUCGACUAUUCCACAGUCUGGUUCUAUUCCGGGGACAGUUAUUAUCGGUGGGCCAUUUGGCACAAAUACGAUAACCACCUUGAUUUCCGGCUCAGGGUUCACCUCGACUGUGCCACAGUCUGGUACUAUACCUGGAACUGUAAUUAUCGGAGCUUCGCUGAGCACAAAUACGAUAACAAGCUUGGUUUCUGGCCCUGCUUUUACGUCAACUAUUCCACAAAGUGGCACUACACCGGGGACUAUUAUAGUUGGGGAUCCCUUUAGCACAAACACAAUAACUACCUUAGUUACUGAGCCACCCUUUACAUCGACUGUUUCACAAACUGGUACUGUCCCAGGAACUAUCAUUAUUGGUAUUCAGUUGAGCACGACUACAGUAACUACCUUGGUAACUGGACCAGCUUUUACGUCAACUGUGUCUCAAUCUGGCACUGCUCCAGGCACGGUCAUAAUUGGUAAUAUGGCUAGCACGACCACGAUUACGACCUUGGUAACUGGAUCGCCAUUCACGUCAACCAUCUCGCAAACUGGCGCUAUUCCAGGCACCGUUAUUAUUGGAGACAUGCUUAUAACUACCACGAUUACGACCCUGGUGACUGGAGCACCGUUUACGUCGACUAUUCCGCAGUCUGGUACUGUUCCAGGGACGGUGAUAAUUGGAGAUAUGCUAAGCACUACCACGAUUACGACCUUGGUAACCGGGCCAGCCUUUACGGUGACUGUGCCGCAGUCUGGUACUAUUCCAGGAACAGUUAUUAUCGGAGACACAUUAAGCACAACUACAGUCACGACCCUAGUUACUGGGGCCCCCUUUACCUCGACAAUAGCUUCGCAAUCUGGUACUAUACCUGGAACAGUGGUGAUUGGCGAUACUCUAAGCACUACUACGAUUACGACUCUGGUGACCGGUACUCCAUUCACGUCGAUAAUAGCUUCGCAAUCUGGUACGAUUCCAGGAACUGUGGUCAUUGGGGAUACCCUAAGCACAACUACACUUACGACUCUGGUAACUGGUGCACCCUUUACCUCGACGAUUGCUUCACAAUCUGGUACUAUCCCUGGAACGGUGCUUAUUGGAGACAUGGUCAGCACUACUACAAUAACAACCCUAGUCACUGGUGAUCCCUUCACAUCGACGGUUGCCUCUCAAUCUGGUACUAUACCAGGAACCGUUGUUGUGGGGGACACACUAAGCACGACUACGAUUACGACUCUGGUGUCGGGAGAGCCAUUCACCUCGACGAUUGCUUCGCAAUCUGGCACCAUACCGGGUACUGUCCUUAUUGGAGAUGUGCUGAGUACUACUACUAUUACGACAUUAGUUUCUGGGCCGCCUUAUACCUCAACUCUCGCUUCACAAUCUGGCACGGUUCCUGGAACUGUUCUUGUCGGUAACCCGUUCAGUACGGAUACGAUUACAACCUUGGUAUCUGGCCCUGCUUUUACCUCAACUGUCGCCUCACAGUCGGGGACUGCUCCUGGAACCGUUAUUAUCGGGGAUCCCUUUACUACAGAUACGGUCACGACCCUGGUAUCAGGCCCUGCAUUUACCUCGACUGUAGCCUCGCAAUUUGGCACAGUUCCUGGAACUGUCAUUAUCGGCGAUCCGUUUAGUACUAACACAAUUACAACAUUGGUGUCUGGACCUGCUUUUACCUCAACUGUUACCUCGCAGUCAGGGACUGCUCCUGGAACCGUUGUUAUUGGGGAACCGUUCAGUACAGACACGAUUAUCACCUUGGUGUCAGGUCCAGCCUUUACUUCUACUAUAGCCUCGCAGUCUGGGACUAUUCCUGGAACCGUUGUUGUCGCGUACCCAAUUAGUACAGACACGAUCACCACCUUAGUAUCAGGCCCGGCUUUUACCUCAACAGCUGCUUCGCAAUCUGGCACUACUCCCGGUACCGUAAUUAUCGGCGACCCGUUCACUACAGACACAAUUACCACGCUUGUGUCUGGGCCGGCUUUUACCACAACUGUUGCAAUCCAGUCAGGUACUAUCCCGGGUACUGUUGUUAUUGGCGAUCCAUUGACCACUGAUACCAUAACCACCUUCAUCUCGGGACCUGCUUUCACCUCAACUGUUGCAUCCCAGUCGGGCACCACCCCCGGUACCGUUAUUAUCGGAGAUCCAUUUAGUACAGACACGAUCACUACCCUCGUAUCUGGGCCAGGCUUCACCUCCACUGCUGCAACUCAGUCAGGUACUAUCCCGGGUACCGUUAUUAUCGGGGAUUCUUUUAGCACAGACACGAUUACUACCCUCGUAUCUGGUCCAGCUUUUACUUCGACUAUUGCGUCGCAAUCUGGUACUAUCGCGGGUACCGUUGUUAUUGGAGAGCCAUUAACUACAACGACAAUUACGACUCUAGUUACUGGUCCUCCAUUUACUUCGACUAUUUCGCAGUCAGGUGAAAUCCCAGGUACUGUUAUUAUUGGAGAUCUGUUGAGUACGACUACUAUUACCACGUUUAUUCCUAGUGGCCCUGCGUUCACUUCUACCAUACCGCAAUCAGGCACCGUCCCCGGAACAGUGCUGAUCGGCGACCCGGAGACUACAGCCACAAUUACGACUCUAGUUACUGGUCUUCCGUUUACUUCAACUAUAUCGCAAUCGGGCACUGUCCCUGGUACCGUGAUUAUUGGGGACCCGGAGUCUACAACUACAAUUACCACACUCGUCGCUGGUCCUGCAUUUACUUCGACUAUAUCCCAAUCUGGCGCCGUCCCUGGGACCGUGAUAAUCGGCGAUCCGGAAUCCACUACUACUAUUACCACUUUCAUUCCCAGUGGUUCUGCAUUUACUUCAACCAUUUUACAGUCUGGCACUGUUCCAGGGACUAUAAUUAUUGGGGACCCUGAAUCUACCAUUACGAUUACCACUUUUAUUCCCAGUGGUCCUGCAUUUACUUCAACUGUUUCACAGUCAGGUUCUGUCCCAGGAACUGUGAUUGUGGGAGACCCGGAGUCUACAACUACAAUUACCAUACUGAUUCCUACUGGCCCUGCAUUCACGUCGACCGCUUCGCAGUCGGGCACUGUUCCUGGGACGAUAAUUAUUGGUGACCCAGAAUCUACGACUACAAUCAGCACGCUGAUUCCCAGCGGGCCUGCAUUUACAUCGACUAUUGCAUCGCAGUCAGGCACUAUCCCAGGAACUGUCGUUGUGGGAAACCCGGAAUCUACGACUACAAUCAGUACGUUGAUUCCCAGCGGACCAGCGUUUACUUCAACUAUUGCGUCGCAGUCAGGCACUGUACCAGGAACGGUUAUUGUCGGAGACCCGGAGUCUACAAUUACAAUUACCACAAUCAUCCCUAGCGGCACUGCGUUUACUUCGACUGUUGCUUCACAGCUAGGCACCAUCCCAGGAACGGUUGUUCUCGGAGACCCGGAGUCUACAACUACGAUUACCACGCAGAUUCCCAGCGGUCUUCCAUAUACCUCCACCAUUGCAUCGCAGUCUGGUGCCGUCCCAGGGACCGUGAUUGUUGGAGAGCCGUUAACCACAGUUACAAUUACGACCUCAAUUGCCAGUGGCCCUGCCUUCACGUCCACUAUUGCGUCUCAGGUCGGUACUGCUCCAGGGACCGUAAUCGUUGGAGAGCCGCUCACUACUAUAACUAUAACCACUUUUGUUGCCAAUGGCCCAGGAUUUACGUCGACUAUCGCGUCGCAGUCUGGCUCGGUGCCUGGUACGGUAAUCGUAGGGGAACUAUUGACGACGACCACUAUUACCACCUUGAUCCCUAGUGGUCCUGCAUUCACCUCGACCAUAUUGCAAUCUGAUACUGUUCCUGGUACAAUUAUUAUUGGGGAUCCAUUCUCUACGGUCACCAUAACUACUACAAUUCCAGAUAGUAGUCCCGCUUAUACCUCGACUAUCUCGCAAUCAGGCACCAUUCCUGGUACAAUUGUUAUCGGGGAGCCGUCAGCGAGUACAUCGACCUCGCUCAGCACCACCGAGACAAGCUCUAGCGAUGUUGAGCCCACUCUGAGCAGCACCUCCUCCUUCCUGACCACGAUCCAGAGCCUGACAGACACGACCACAUCAUCCGUUAGCAAUACCAGCACAUCCAGCGAUGAGGCGACAUCUACUACCGAGUCAUCCUUCUCGACCAGCGAGUCCAGCGACGAUACCACCUCUACGACAGCGUCACCCGUCUUGACCAGUACGUCCAGCAACGAGCCCGCGGUUACUACUGAGUCAACCUCUUCGACCAGUACGUCCAGCGAUGAGGCGACAUCUACUACCGAGUCAUCCUUCUCGACCAGCGAGUCCAGCGACGAGGCCACCUCUACGACAGCGUCACCCGUCUUGACCAGUACGUCCAGCAACGAGCCCGCGGUUACUACUAAGUCAACCUCUUCGACCAGUACGUCCAGCGAUGAGGCGACAUCUACUACCGAGUCAUCCUUCUCGACCAACGAGUCCAGCGACGAGGCCACCUCUACGACAGCGUCACCCGUCUUGACCAGUACGUCCAGCAACGAGCCCGCGGUUACUACUGAAUCAACCUCUUCGACCAGUACGUCCAGUGAGGAGGCGACAUCUACUACCGAUUCAUCCUUUUCGACCAGUACGUCUAGCAAUGAAACUACAUCUACAAUUGAGCUACCCGCCUCGACCAGCACGUCUAGUGAGGAAUUCACGUCUACGGCCGAGCUACCCGCCUCGACCAGUACGUCCAGUGAGGAGGCGACAUCUACUACAGAGUCAUCCCUCUCGACUAGCGAGUCCAGCGAGGAGCUCAGCUCUACGGCUGAGACUACCCUUACUACUGAGCCCACCCUUACUACCGAGUUAUCCCUUUCGACCAGCGAAACCAGUACCUUAGGCUCGCUGUUGACCACCGGGAUGGAUACGAGCUCCAAUGGUGUGGCACCAACUCUCUCAACUUCGGCUCCCCUUUCGACGGAUAGCUCUAUGGCAAUCACCUCGUCCUCGACUGUAACUACUCCUACCUCACGGAGGGAUACGAGCUUUAACGGUGUGGAGCCAACCUUCGUUGUUAUAACCUCGCUGUUUGUCAGUGGCUCGGUAACCUUCACGUCGCUCAUCACCAUUGCUAUUUCUACCUCUAAGACUGACACGAGCUUCAAUGGUGUGGAGCCAACUCUUUCGAUUUCAACGUCGCUUUCGACAACUGGCUCCCAAGCACUCACCUCGCCCUCAACUUCAACUAUCAGCCUUGCUAUCUCAACGACGAUUACCUCACUCUCGGUUAGUGGAACUGACACAUCAACUUCAUCAUCAACCUCAGACAUCACAUCAAGCCAGCCGACUAGCUCUGAUGGGGUAGAGCCCAUCCUCUCAAGUUCGACAUCGUUUUCAGAUAGUAGCUCUCUCACAAUUAUCUCGCUUCCAACGUCAACUGUUAGUCCCAUCAUCCCUACCACGAUAACAUCGCUCUCGGUCAACGGAAAUACCACAUCAACUUUGUUCUCCACCUCAAGCCUCACUAGCGUCGUUGCGUCUACUUCAGAACCCAUCACGUCUAGUUCAGCGGCUCCAAUCACUUCCACAUUUGAGAGCAGCACCAUCACAAGCGAUCCAGUCACUAUUGUGACUUCGUUGUCAACAACGGGAAACAGCACGUUUCCUAUCAUAUCUACCUUGACUCUCGAAUCUAGUGGUUCCACUGUCGAGACUAGUUAUUCUACCACUUCAACUACAGAGUCUAGCAUCUCUAGUUUAUUGGAUGUUUCUACGUCUACAUCGACAAGUGGUACUAGUAUCUUUACAUCUCUUUCAACCUCGUCCGUUUCGAUAUCAGAGUCAUCCACCCAGUCAGUGGAACCUAUUGAGACAUCAUUAAGCUUCACCAUUUCAGUGUCAACUUCCAUCUCAGUCAGCGGCACUAGCACGUCAACGUCCUUAUCGACAGUCAGCGUUCCGGUCAGUAGCACGUCACCGACUGAUACAACUUCAACUACGGAGACUUCAACUACGGAGACUUCAACUACGGAGACUUCAACUACGGAGACUUCAACUACGGAGACUCUGACGACGGAGCUUUCAACGAUGCAGCCUUCAACGAUGGAGCCUUCAACGAUGGAGCCUUCAACAAUGGAGCCUUCAACGACGGAACCUUCGACUAGAAUCACAAACGAGACGCAGUCUUCGACCUGGAGCGUUGCACCAAUCACAUCUGAAACUGCAUCAAUAACAUCCACAGUAGAGUCGACCGGCUUCACCAUUUCCAUUUCAACCUCCUUGGUUACUAGCGGUACAAGCACGUUUACGACUCUCUUGACCACCAGUCUUCCUCUCACGUCAGUUUUACCAACCUCAUCAUCAGCUGAAUUUCCGACUACAGAGACUAUUUCAACUACAGAGACUGUAACUUCCGAGAGCUCAACUGAAUCCGUGGCUCCGGGAACAACAUUUACAACCUUGGAGAGUUCCACUGAAUCUGUGGCUCCUGGAGCACAGACUACAACUACCGAGAUCUCGACUAUCGAGAGUUCAACUGGAUUCGUGGCUCCCGGCACCCAGCCUACAACUAUCGAAAGCUCGACGGAUUCAGUCGCUCCCGGAACGCAGACGACAGCCACCGAGACACCCACUUUCAACAGCUCGAGCGAGUCUGCGACUCCUGGAACGCAAACUACACCUAAUGAGAGCUCGACUGCAUCCGUCGCCCCCGGAACACAGACCACAGCCACCGAGAACCCUGCCACUGAGACCUCUAUCACCGAGGACUCGAGUACAACUACCAGGAUACAGACCAUGGAGAGCUCGAAUGAAUCCGUGGCUCCUGGGACACAGACUACGUCCACUGAGACUUCUACCGAGUCCGUAGGCCCAACACCUACUGUCUCGACUACGGAGUUAGAGGUAACUGCUGCGGAAUCUUCGACCACGGAGACUUCAUUGACAGAGUUGUCUACUAUCUCUGUCGCUCCUGAAACGUCAACAACGGCAACUGAGACUGAGCUUUCCACCACUUCGAUUGGGCCUACGACUGAUAAUGAGGCGUCCACCGUCUCGAUACGCCCAACAUCUACUCAGACUGAAUCUGUAACGACUGAGACUGAGCUUUCCACUGCUUCGGUUAGGCCUACAACAGUCAUAUACCCAACAUUUAUCCCCACAGAAUCUGCAACGACGAAACUUGAGUCUUCCACUGCCUCCGCUGAGCCAACAUUUACUCAGACCGAGCCCACAACGACCGAGACGGAAUCUACAAUGGCCGAGACUGGGUCGUCCACCGCCUCGCCUACGUCGGAUGUAUACCCCACCUUUGCCAAGACUGAACGUGCAACGACGGAGCCUGAGUCUUCUGCUGCCUCCGCUGAUCCAACACUUAUUCAGACCAGACCCACAACGGCCAAGACGGAACCUGCAACAACAAAGACUGAGUCUUCCGCCGCUUCACUUGGACCUACGACGGUUGUCUAUUCCAAAUUGACACAGAUUGACACUGCAAUGACAGAGACUGGAACCGAAUAUGAGACUGGUGUAUCAACAGGAUCGGUCAGGCCUAAUACCUCGAUGGCAGGAUCCUCAAUUGACUCUGGUGAGCCAACGAUAACAGACAAAAAGGUCUACCUGACCGGCCCUCUAACGGAAUCGACUUACACUUCGACGUACACCUAUGCAGCGGUAUACCACACUGAUGGCAGUCCAACAACGGAGACCAAGACUGCGACAACCACAUGGUGUCCUGGUGAGAGUAAUCAUGCAAAGUCACCCUACACGAAGGGCCAUUACGGCUUAGGGCCUGUGGAGCCAAACCAUUUUAAGGGCCUAUACGACACCGACGGUGCCCACGCGGUACCUAAACCCCCAUACAAGAAGCCAACUUACACCUCCACGUAUAUCCAGCCAACAACCUAUACAAUCACCUCGUGUCACCCAGCCAGUACGAAGUGUGUCGUUGGACAGCUUACCACCGAGACUAAAACCCUAAUCACGACGUGGUGUCCUGGAGAGGAGAAGUCUACGAAGCAUGUCAAGCCGGAUGUGCCUAAUGUUUCGGAUCCUGCUAAGCAGCACCGCAAACCCCAAACAGGCAAACCGCCUGUGAUGGACUACAAUGCAAUGCAGCCACUUAAGACUUCGACGUAUACCGAGAAGACAACUUAUACUAUCACGUCAUGCCAUCCCACGGUCACCAAAUGCCAUAUUGGUGGUGUUACUACGGGUACUCACACGCACACUUCCACUUACUACGCUGGAGAGGGCGAGGCUGUUGGUGUGCAUCACCCCUUUAACCCCGAGGGACACCACGUAGAGGAUUACUCGAAUACCCCCGGUCCCAAACCGGAUAGCUAUAAAACUACAGCCAAAGACCCGGCUCAGGACCUGGCUCAUUCCCCUUCGACUUUUCAGGCAUCUACCUUCAAGGUUUCUACGUACCCUGCUGCCGCUGAACCCGGAAAGCCGGGUGCUCCUGGAUUACCCCAUGCAGACACAUCUAACUGGGGCUCAUAUAGUCCCAAAGGUGGUGAGAAGCCUGAUUCUGCGGCCAAACCCGGCCCUGGCCCAGCUGGUAGUAAGCCAGGACACGAGAAGGGUGACCCUACAGCCACUUCCAAGGCCGAUGCCGCUGGAACUCAAGGCAAUGAAGCUGCAACCGCACCGGGCCCUCAGCCGACGUACGCUACUGCUGAGGCUUCCAACAUCCAACUCUUUUACGUAUCUGCUUUUAUUGCAAUUAUUAUGAGUUUGUUAUAG